AAUAGUGUAGUCUUCAGUAUUUUCACAUAUAUAUCUUUAUAAAUACCCGACCUGAAAGGUCUAUUCGCCGAUUCCUCACGCUCUUUCGCCAUACGCAUGCGCAAAACAACUGAUCAUAGUGUUGUCAUGGCGGCUACCACUCUUGGCAUGCAGAACGCCCUGAAGAAAACCGUCCUACCACCCUUGGUCGUGAUCCUUGGGGCCACGGGGACUGGCAAAUCUAAAUUGGCAAUUGAAAUCGGUAAAAUACUGCAAGGCGAGAUCAUAAGCGCCGAUUCUAUGCAGGUCUACAAGGGACUGGACAUUAUCACCAAUAAAGUCACUGCUGAGGAGCAUGUCCAGUGUCCCCAUCACAUGAUCAGCUUCUUGGACCCACUGGUUAGCAGCUACUCAGUGGUGGACUUCAGAAACAGCGCACUCCAGCUCAUAGAAGACCUGCACCAACGUCAGAAGCUGCCCAUAGUUGUGGGAGGAACCAACUACUACAUCGAGUCCCUGUUGUGGAAGGUGCUGAUUGACACUAGAUCAGGCAGUGAAGAUCAGGCACAGCGUAAGUGCUGCCCUGACCCAAAGAUGGCCUUACAGAAGCUGGGGGUUCCUGAAUUGCAUCAACGGCUGACAGAGGUGGACCCUGAUAUGGCAGCCAUUUUGCAUCCUCAUGACACCCGCAAGAUUGCAAGGAGCCUGCAGGUGUUUGAGGAAACAGGUGUGGCCCACAGCAGGCUGCUGGAGCAGCAGAGAGAACAGGAGGGGGGCGACUUUCUUGGGGGGCCACUUAGAUUCCCAGACCCCUGCAUCUUCUGGCUCCACGCUGACAUGCAGGCUCUGGAUAAACGGUUGGAUCAACGGGUAGAGGAGAUGCUCACGCAAGGCCUCAUCACUGAACUGCAGAAUUUCCACCUGGGCUUCAACCAACAGAUGGUUCAGGAGAACUGUCAGGACUACCAGCAUGGUAUCUUCCAGUCCAUCGGUUUCAAGGAGUUCCACGAGUAUCUGACAGCAGACAGCGAGACCAGCCCGGAGGAGCACAACAGGCUGAAGAGCAAAGGUGUUGAGGCUUUGAAGAUUGCGACACGCCGUUAUGCUCGGAAGCAGAAUAAGUGGGUUCGAAACCGCUUCCUUAAGAGGCCAGAUUCUAAUGUGCCCCCUGUAUAUGGCCUAGAUGUGACGGAUCUGUCGCAGUGGGAAGUCACAGUCCUCAAGCCUGCUCUGCACAUCCUAGAGAGCCUUCAGAAGGGUGAAGCGCCUUUGAUUGAACCAAUGAGGCUGGAGGGGGCAGGGCAGAAGAACAAGAGGAGCCAACACACCUGUGAGCUGUGUGAGAGGAUCAUCAUUGGAGAUCUGGAGUGGAGCGCUCAUCUGAGGUCUAAAGCCCACCAGCAUCAUGUCAGGAAGAAACGGAGGUCAGAAGCCACUUCAGAGCACCAGUUUCCCCAGCACACCGACUCAAGGCCCAUCCCAUCAACAGAGGCCUCCACUCGGGAUAGGUCUGGAACUCAAAUCCCAGGCCCUGAAAGAACCAAGUCACAGGAAGACAUGCCAUAGAAGAGACCAGGAGAAGCUAGCGCCUGCUAAGUGGACAAUCACCACAGAUAAUGAGAAUGUGUGGGCCGUAGGCCUCAGAAUGUUGCUAUGCAUGUUCCUCUCAUGACAAUCUUUAGAGAUUGUCUUUUAGAUUGACUGUAAGACUAUCAGCAGCUCUAAAAAUGUGCUCAUACGUUCUGUAGCCGUAAGGGGAUCCGCUCUACUCCUGCACAGAGGCAGACGGUGUCCUGUUGAUUAGGAAACCACCUGUCUGCAAAACUGAAGAAAUGUUCCUUUUGUAUUGUAUGUGUGUGCCAUCUGUCAUCGCUAUUAAACUGUUUUUAAAAUUG